AUGCAAAGUUUCGUUUUCUACUCCAUUCUCUUCUUCGCAACGGUGAUGUUUGUAGAAGCUUUGCCCACACAUACCAAACUUCCACUCGUAAGUGAUUUUUCUCUGCAUAAUUUUUCUAUUCAAUUUUUGAAUUGCUGAUUUUAUAGAGAAAAAACAAAUAAACUACUUCAGAAAGAACUAUGUGCGACAUACAAGAAAAAAUGCGAGACCAAAUUCAACAGGAACGAUUGCGAUCAAAGAGAAAUCGAAUGUUUCAACUACGCCAAUCAAGGAAUUGAAACGACGUGGAGUUUUUGUGAGUUUCAAUUGAUUGGUUGGGAGAUUGUUCGAGGUAGCUCGAGGUUCUCAUAUUUAUCGCAGCAAAGAUCCCUUUUAAGUUUUAGUUCAGACCGUGUCUAAUCUUUCAACAUUAAAAAACCCUAGCAGGAAAGCCUUUUUGAGUGAGUUUAUUAGAAGUUCUGAAUCUCUUUUUUAAUAACAGUUCACGAAAACAAUUUCAACUCACUCGUCUCGAAAUUUCUAUUUCAAAACAUUCAGUGCUCAAUUUAAAACCUGAAGACUCCAAGUUUAUCAAUAUGAAGUUGUGUUAGGGACGCUUCAUCUUCUAGGAAAAAGAAACGUGCUCACUUAUUGAAAAUGUUUUCAGCACUUUCGAACAAAAUAAUAAGAAAGUUUUCAAGUGAAAGUUUUGAAAGCUUGUAAAAUUCGGUGAAUUUGAAAAAAAAACUUCAAAAAAGGAGAGACCGCUGCAGCAGGAGGCACGCGCGAGCUUUCAGAGAGUCUGAGAUGCUUUAGUUCGUCUUGGAUCAAAAAUUUUGAGUUUUAAAAAUUUUCUCAUUGUUUAGUCCAUUACAAAUCUUAUAUCUAAGCAAAUAAUUGAAGGCAUGCAACAGAACAACGACGAAUUGGAGACGUGCGAAAAACGGCUGAAAAUCGACUUCCAGAUCAUCAAAGAAUGGGUACUGCGCGAUCAGUUCGCCUUUGUCCCCAACUGA